AUGAGCCCCUUGUGUUGGCUGAGCUUACUACUAGUAGCAGUAUUGAUAGAAAGCUGUCAUUCUUAUGAGCUUCGUUCCUUGCAGUCGUCAACCAAUUGGAGCGGCUUCAACGCGUUGGUCUCCUCGGCUGUCAUUCGGUUUCCAGAUUCGGAACUGGAAUCCGGAGGACUUACGUUGAAAGUGAGCGACUUGCAGUGUUCCAAUGUGCGCGUCCAAGAUAUUCAGCUGACUAGCGAUGCAGCUAGUACUACCAGUCAACAACUCCCCCUGGACUUUCUGGUAUCUGGCCUGGACAUGACGUGCACGGCGCGGUACGAGUUCUACGGACUCCUCAUUGUCAAUGGCAGUGGUGAUCUCUACGUGGAGUCCUACGGCAAUGCAGCUCUCCUUCGCACUGUUUUGGAAUCCCUGGACUAUUCCCGCUACCCUCCUCAUGACUCGUACAUUGCUUCUUGUCAACCCACCAUUCAGAUCCAAACACUCGACUUUUCCAACGGUGGCUUCUGGGGAUGGACACUCGAUACCUUGCAAGGAAUGUUCAGAGGAAGGUUUGAAGAUUUGGCGGAAACUAGACUUUGUCAGGAACUAGAAGACAUGGCCAAUCAAGAUCUAGAUCAAAUCCUCAAUGACGUACAAAACUACCUGGUUCAGUACAAUCCGGAUUCUGCCAAUGCCCAACAACUCAAUGAUCCCUUGCAUGCCGAGACACUCAUGAUGGCUUUCUACCCCCAGCUUAUUAACACACAACAAUCCAAUCAACAACUCAUCAAUUGGCAACAGCCAGACUCUUAUCCAUUUGGAUUCUGGAUGGACACUGCUUGGCAAGAUACAGUCCAACAUCUCAACACUUAUGAUACUACACAAAACACAAUCAAUGCCAAUCUACUCCUCAGACAACACAUUCUCAAUCCACAGGGAGUACUCGUUGUCAAUGCUGAUGGUACUGAUGAUACUACCGGUAUUACUGAAAGCACAAGAAUUCUAUAUGAGGGACAAGACAAGUGGAUGAAAACACAAAUCCUUCUAAAUCAAGUCAGAAUCAAGGGAUUGGAUACUCUCACGGCAUUGGAUCCACUUGUUACCAUUGGGAAGUACACUCUACAAAGCAAACUAUCCUGGCAAUCACUGGCGCUUGAAAUGGAUCUAGAAUUGUACAUUCAACCAUCCACACUCCCCGACAGUUACAUUACGCAAGGAGCUACUCAAAAUAAUGGUGGCAUUCGAGAACAAAUCACCGUCCAACUGGCACUCUCCCAAGUCGAUGCCGGAAUUGGAAUUUUAUUGGCAUUGGAUCAAAAUACACUCGAGGAACUCCAGCUCGGACAUUUCCUACAAAAAGACAAUAUUCUACCCUGCUUUCUCACUUCCAUUUUUCAAGUACAGGUAUCCACACUCUCCGUACAAGCCAUGGAUUUAGAGCCCCCAGUUAUUACCGCCACUUCUUCCUCACUCUCGCCAGGACUCUAUCAAGUCCUUUCCAAUGCCAUGAAUGCCGCCUUUUACAUGUACGAAUCCUCCCUCUUACGGUCCAGUCAGGCAUUCUUUCAAACCGUCAUUCGAGAUGUCGUCAAUCAGCAAUUGGAAGCGCAAAAAGAGAGUCUCUCCCAGGGAGAAAAAUGUACGCUCUGGGAAUUGACACCGCCACUCGGGAAUAUCAAUGUCCGACAAUUAUUGCUGGGACCGCCCACUGUCGAUUUGGUGCCCACUUCGUCCGGUGGCACCGUGGGUAGAUAUGGCAAUUUGUUUCACGAAUUUGUCGUGCCCACUCUACAAAAUGAAGUACUCACCGAUGAUAAACUCAAUCAACGAUUCGUACGACCCUACACACUCGAUCAGUCGGGACGUGAAGGAAUUCUCAUGUCGUCCACCGACGCUCCCUUGCUCGAUUUUGUACAAGAAGGAACGGGCAAUCCAUACCAGCUCCAACAAGAAGAUUAUUACAACAAUAUCAACAACAAUGAGACGACGACGGCCACCACCACCAAUUGGGUCACGCUACUGGGAUGGGAACAGUUCCAGUUCCAAGCCAAAGAUGCCAUUCUCUACAAUAUCGAUACCAUCACGUCUCCCGUUGAACUGUUCGUACCACUCGAUACACAACUACUGGGGAAUACCAUUCGAACGGGCGAUGCAACUCCGGAUCGACCACUCCAAUUCACCAUGCAACUCGUCGCACAAGCACUACCCUUUGGUCACUCUUCUUUGGAACAACAACAACCAGAAGAAAUACACAAUCAUGUGGAACUUUCCAUUACCAUUCCCUCCUCCGUUUUCAUAUUCGAACUAUUUGUCGCCAUGAACGAAACGGCACUCCUCCACUUUCCACUCGAGAAUUUGGAAAAUGAAUAUUGUUGGUUGGCCGCCAUGUCGUCGUCCUCCACCGAAACAUCACCACUCAACUUGGAACGCGUCGUUACGGGGCUCGCAUCCUCCUUCACGUUGGACGCCGCCUGUGUCUCGUGCUCCAGUCCGGGGGCAACGGCAUUGCCACAAGUCUUGCAGGUACUACAAAAUGCCGGAUUGACAACGCGAUUCCAACCCUACCUCGAAGACCUAUUGGCCAAUGUCGUACAGGGAGCCUUUACCAAUAUGAACUUUGAUGCGUGGAUUGCCGAUGCUCAUCGACUCUGUCCUCACGAUGACCAAUACGAUCCGCUGGCCGUGCCGCAAGAAAAUCUCUACGGACUAGCCAAGGCUUUUGCAACACCGCCGCGAUGGUCCCGGCAAUCGGUCGAAACCAUGUCGACGUUUGGAUUCCUGUCGCUCUACGCCAGUCUGUUUUUGUUGGCCAAAAACUACAUUCUGCAGCCGCCGCCGCCCCUGGUACUGGAGGAGGAGCUUCCGGUGGUUUUGAAUGCGGCUACGAAUCAAUCGUCCACCACCACGAGCAGUACUACUACUACUAGGUUGUUGGAUUGGACCAAUCUAUCGGCAACGCUCGGGCCUUGGGCCGAUUCCGUACUGGAGGAAGCGCGGGUGGCGCUGCAAGCGUCGGUCAUGACUGACUUGUCCACGUACAAUGCGACGCGACGACUCGAAGGGAACGAGACAAAGGAGGAGACGCCACAAGUGCUGCAAGCUGAUUCUUUUAUUCGCGAUCAUCUCCUUGACGAACAAGGACAACUGAUCGUUGCGUUCGACGACAUGCAGUUUGAUCUGGCAGGAGUCGUCUUUUCUGUGUGGCAAACCCGGGUGCUGGGGAUUGAUUCCAUUACGCAUUUAGACCCAUUCGUUGUGGUGGGGCCUCAAACGCUCCAAAACAGUCUGGAGUUGCAGCAGCUCAACGUCACCUUGGACCUGCUAGUGGACCUGGGAUCUGGAGAAACGCACAACAUGACAGUGUCCAUUGAUUUCCAAAACAUCGUGGUGGAGUUCCCAUUGUUGCUUGCCAUGGACGUGGACAAACUCGGCCAAAUCGAGCUGGGCAGCCUGCUCAAGAUCAACCAAGUCCUUCCGUGUCUUCUGGAGGGAGCCCAUGAGGUGUUCAUUCCGCGCCUUAACGUGUCCAUUGGGAACAUGGGGAAACCCUCUAUUGAAGGAUUCUUGUCGCCAGAUCUUCAUGGCGUACUGGCUCUCAUGAAUCAAGUUUUGUACGAUUCCUUUGGAGAAGAGUUGGCAUUUGCUCUACCGGGCAUCUUCGAUAGCUCUAUCAGGCAUUCGUUCAACGUUUGGCUCCAACAGUAUGUGUCACAAGUAGACCCAACCCUGUGCUCUGUUGAGGCAGGUGGCGACAUUCUUGACUUUAGGGAUUUGUUUCUCCCACCAACAGAGUCCAAAAGCUUGGGAGGUACUGGAAGGGAGCAGUAUGGAGAUAUUUUCCAACUCUUGCACGGAGUGAUGAAGCAAGAGCUCGAAACCAAAGACGGCGAACCGCCGUCAAUCAACGACCACCUCUCGUCUUGGACAGCAGAUCACUUUAACAUGAGCGGAGCUGUGAAUAUCCCUGGCAACCUUUUGGACACGACGGCAAGCGUGAAGUUGGCGGGCUUGGAUGCCGUGUUGGCUUUUCAACUUGGAGAUAUUGCGCUUGAAAACAUUGACACGCUGGGGGCACCUCUGUCCCUUUUGGAUCCUGUAAAUGCUCACACGUUGAACAAUACCAUCUCAUUGGGUGUUGGAACCGAGCCUCUUAAAGUGAAGGCUAGACUGAUGCUCGCCAUUUCUGACAACGAGGAGAUGCAAGUUCGAAACGUCGUUGACGUCAGUGUGGAUGUCUAUGACGCAAACGCUCUUGCCACCAUCCUGCUCAGGAUUAGAGAAGACAGCUUUUUGAAGUUUCCUUUGAAGGAUGUACCAAAUGUCUUCUGCUGGCUUUCCACCAUCCUUGCUGCAGACGGUGACAUCCAUGGGAUAUCGCUCUUGGAUGAAUCCUUGAGUCUGGGGGACAUGGAUCUGAAUGUCUCGUGUGUUUCUUGCACGAGCCCCCAAUUUGGUGAUCUCGUGGCUGAUCUCUAUACCCCAGCCAGCGCCGAUGAAGCAACCGAAACGGUCUACCAGACCUUGAGUCAAAUCCUCGAUGGCGAGGCCAUCCAAGACUUCCUGGACCAAGUUGUAGCCGAAUCUUCCAGGAAGUGUCCCCAUGCUGGUGACUAUGACCCAGACGCACUCAUCACCGCCUCCGAAUACUUACAAAACCAAGCAGAACCUUUUGGUUUCACAGAUUUUACCGAGCGUGAUGAUACGUCUUCCUAUUUCAAUAUUGCUAGUGGAAUCUUUGCAGCUUUCCUUCUCCUCGCCUUCAUCCUUGGGAAACUCUUGAUCCGACGGAGCAACAAGAAGUGGAAGGAAUCACUUUCUUCGGAGGGGAUGUUUCUGCUGCGCCGACAAAAGGCCAGGGAACAAGAGCAAGAGAAAAUCAUAAACAUGUAUUCUCAGUCUCUCCUGCACAGUGCUGUCUUGGACGCCAAAGUCAGGUGGGCUGUUCCUGUGAUGAUUUUGCUCAACAUUGGGCUAUACAUGGGCGGUCACCUUGGCAUUCUUUCAACAGUUGAUCUGGACGUGCACCUUGCGGGGGAAGAGUUUACAAUACACAAUUUUUUGGAGUUCUCCUUUAUUGACUCUACGGCAAACACCUAUCGGAAUGGGGGAAUGGAGAUGUCCAUUAUGUUGUGGAUAUUCACGGGCAUUUGGCCAUACGUAAAGCUUCUCGCAUCGUUGUUUCUUUGGCUCGUGCCACCACGAAUGCUAUCCGUCAGUUACAGAGGGAAGAUGCUUCUGUGGAUUGAUGCCUUGACAAAGCUAAGCAUCGUGGAUAUCUUUACGAUGAUAUUGGCUCUUGCUGUGUUGCUUGUGUACAUUGGUGGGCCCGACGAAGCCUUGGACGCCGAAGGGGCUCUAUACUCGAUGAAAGUUAUUGUCAUCCCAGGCGCAAGCUGCUAUUGCAUCGUUAUGGCACAGCGAAUGUCGAGAGUUAGUUCAAGGUUCUUUCUGGAUUGCCACGAUAAGGUGGUUCUUGCUGCACGUGAGGGCUGCGCCAAAGGUGAAGUUGCAAGUUUCUACCAAAAAGAGCCCAAAUCGUGCAAUGAAGCAUUGGCGGAGCAAAUGGACUGCAGCGAUAACGGCUGGUUAGAAGACGAGAGUAACCAGGAAGAGGAAAGCUCCUUGAAUCUUUCCCCGGAUCCAAAGAGGGAUCUGAACACGGGACUCGCGUCUGCAGAUGACAGCCCGGAGCUGCCGAGGAGAACAUUCGAUAACACAUCACUGCCAACUCACCUGGGCAGUGCUGGUGGGAGCACCAUGUCUCCGGUGGACCAAGAGAUGUCCAGUGUACUCGAAAAGCGACUCUCUCCAGCACCAGAGCACGUGGGUGACAAGGACAAGGAGUGUUCUUCGAUUGGCGACCAGUCAAGUGCCACAGCAGAGCGAGGAGAUUCUCGUUGCUCCACCUUGCUCAAACGCCUGAAGAAUGUUCUUGUCAAUCGUCAUUUUGGGGUAGCCUUUGGCGUACUGGCGGUGCUGGUGCUCCUUGUCAUUGGUUGCAUAUAUGCUCCCUCUGUUUCAGUUAAUAUCUCGGACCUAUGGGGACUUGCUCUGGAGUCAGGGACCACGUUCGAAGAAGCGGUCACCAAAUAUGGAGUUUUCUCGGUUGUGAGUGCCGUGCUGUUGCAGUCACGGUUUGUCUUGGACACAACCUGGGACUACGUCGCACUGGGUUUCUUGUUGGUGGUUGCUUUCGUAUCCAUGGGGAUGGUUUUCUUCAUUGGUUGUUACCAAUUCGUGAGGCGCCUCAUGAGGGGCGGAUGGUCCGCUGUCCGACCCAUCCAAAAAUCACCAGCUUAUGAACUACCUUCCUACCUCAGACUUCAUGCCUACAAACACUUUGAAAUCUACGUUGUGGCGGUUGUGGUUGGUUGUUGGCAGCUUGGAUCUGUUUCUAUCUAUGCCAUCCAUCUGUACUGUUCAAUUCUCGACUCUGUCUACAAGGUGCUUACUUACAUUGGGCUCGUCCAGCCUACCAAUGCUCAAUGCUUUGAAGCCCAAAUGACGCUUCUCGAUAACCUCCUCAUCUUUUUUGGCGCUUUGUUGAUACUACUGGCCAAAUUUUUCAUCCAAUGCUCAAGCCAGUACCGCAAGAACGUCACCGAGGCCACCGAAUUGCUGCGCCACGAAGACCACGACAUUGACAAGCUCUCAAGUCUUUGGAAUACCCCAAGCAGUCCAAAGCCAAGCUUCUGGAGCAGCAGCAGCAGAAACAUACUCAACCAAACUGCGUCGUUCUCUGACAUGAACUCGGCAGUAGAUGAAAGCCCCGGCAGCUACGACACAACACGGAGCUUCGCAACAGCACGAAGCUCGGCUCCUCUCGUCUACUCUCCAGCGCAGCAGGAUAGCGUUUCACUGAGCAGUGUGUCCCCCGGGGGGCAAGACCGGGAUGCAAUGUCUAUCAGCAAUCUUCCUUCUCAGUAG